ACAUAGCCGCGUUCCGUUGUACGAAGAUAGCUAAAAAAGCUUUAGUUUAUCUUGAAGAAGUCAAUAAAUACUGUGUUUAUGUAAUGUGUCGAAUGUGAUAUUUUUUAUUAAUAAUUUAAAUAUUGUUAAAAUGAAACUGUGGAUAAUUACUAUUUGUUUCUUAAUAGGAUCUGGUGGCAGCAUGCCUUUAACAUCGACGCGAAACAAAAGGCAAGAACGUUGGCUUUGGAUUAGUAGAAAAUACAAUGAAGCUGUCGCAAAUUAUAAUCUCGAUUUGUUACCUCCAUUUGUGACCUCGACUCCUGCCACUACGACAGAUGAUCCUUGCCUUUAUCGACCACAUAAACCGGAUUUCAAGAAACCAGGACGCAGCAUAAGUGAAGCUAAAUGUUUUGAAUAUAUAUGGGAACGAACCAACAGAGAAAACAAAAGUAAAAAGCACCACAAAUGUUUUCAGCUAUGGUUAAGUAAACUCGAAAACAAACCGCACUUUGCAAUCGGCGGUAGAGCUACAUCACCGGGGGAAUUCCCACAUAUGGGAGCAGUCGGUUGGAGGGUCGUACAUGGGACGUGGAUAUUCAAGUGCGGCUGCACUCUCAUCAGCUCGAAGUUCACCCUAACUGCUGCACAUUGUACAAAAUCACCACCUGAUCCGAGUUUGGCGAGUCCAAUACCUGAGAUUGUCAGACUUGGCGACAAAAAUAUAAUGAACCUCCCCUUCUUUUUCAAUAAACCAAUAGAUGCUAAGAUUUUACGAAUCAUAGUCCACCCGCAGUAUGCGGCACCAAAAAAAUAUUAUGAUAUAGCGUUAAUGGAACUGGCUGAACGUGUUGAAUUCACAAUGAACGUGCAACCAGCCUGCCUCUGGAAUAAUUUUACUACCGACACUCUUGGAACAUCAGCUACGUUAACUGGAUGGGGAGUUGUUGAAACAGCUACGCAAAGAAUACCUCCAGAAUUACAAGCAGCUGUAGUGGACAUCAUAGAUUCGGAGCAGUGUGACACUUUGCUGAGGCCGUCGUGCAGCAGACAUUGGUGUGGUAUUCAGGAGCACCAGAUAUGUGCUGGGAAACUAGCGGGCGGAGUGGACGCGUGUCAGGGUGACUCGGGCGGACCUCUUCAAAUGAAAAUACCUCUUCCUGUAUCUAGGGAAGGUUCAAUGCACUUCGUGAUCGGCGUGACUUCAUUUGGGAUCGGAUGCGCUCGACCCAACCUGCCCGGCGUCUACACCAGAGUUUCCAGUUUCGUUGAUUGGAUUGAGGGUAUCGUGUGGCCUGAUGAAUGAGCUGGACAUUAAUAAAUUACUUAACGUAUGAA